AGUAAACGUGUUUAUAAAGAUGUAGUCUAUCAGGUAUAGAAAGUAAAAUUUUAAUUUGAGAUAUAUGUAGUUUAUAAAACAGAAGGUUCAAAAAGUUUAAUUAUAUUAAAAUUUAAUGAUUCUUUAAUAAGUUAUUAUGUAUAUUACAAGUAUCAUGAAUUCACACGUGUAGUAUGUUUGGUUUCUCUGGUACAUAACCUUAACAUUAGGAAUUAUUAGCGGCGAAACUUAUUUUAUAGUUUUUUUUUUUACUAAUUAAAUUUGAAAUGGGGUUUAAAACAAUAACUGGUAUACAAUGGACAAAUUUGGAAUUAAGAGGUUUAUUAGAGGACGUGGAUUCUUGUGUUUAUUUAGAAAAAGUUCAAAAGCAUUUGGGACUCCAUCCUUUUCAUUUAACCAACUUGAACGAAGCCCUUCGAGAAAUUCUUAACGCCAGUCUCAAUUUUUAUGACUCGGAAUUGAACGGCUUAUUAUUAGCUUACAAGAAUCCAAAAAUUUUAUCUCCUUUAGGAGAUAUAUUAUAUGAUACAUGUUUUGUACAUAUAGAUAUUGAAGCAGAUUUUUAUGUUUUUAAACCAGAGAUAGGACGAAGUUUAAAAGGUUUUGUAAAUAAGAAAGGUACAAAACAUAUAGGUAUUUUAGUUCAUAAAGCUUUUAAUGUUUCUUUACCUAAACCUGACGAUACUGAAAAUGAGGAAGAUUGGCCUGGUAAUAAAGUAAAAGUUGGCCAAGAAAUAAGAUUUACACUUGAUAAAAUAGAUUAUACAACAAGGCUUCCAUAUAUUCGUGGUUCAUUAAAUAAAGAAGAAUAUUUGAAUGGCUGUCAACCAUUUGACGAGCAAAUUGCAUCUACUUAUGAAUCUGAAUAUAAUAAAAGUAACAAUGGGAAUAUUAAAGAAGAAUGCAGAGCUGUUAAAAAUAAGUCGAAAAUGAAAAAUAAAAAAAUAAUUUUUAAUUAUUCUGAUACAGAGAAAAGAAAAAGAAAAUCUUCAUCUAUUUGUGAAUUAGAAUCAGAAUUAUUGGAACAGAAACUUACAAUUGAAGCAGAUAAAGAAAGAGAAGUUAAGGGCAAGUACUUUGUAAAAACGAUAACUACAAAGGAAAAAGAUAUUGUUACAUAA